CGCACAUCCAGCGAUUCAGUCAGUCGUGAAGAUCAUUUUGAACCGAUCGGUCCGGUUUCAUUGCUGUUUUGUUUGGACGGUGUGAGUUGUGUGCCGCGAAACGAUUGUUAGCGUAUUACAAUAAUAACAAUCAUAUAUUAAAAAGUGUGAUUCAUAAAUAUUCUAUCGUCUGACGAUGAAUCUCAAGACAUCCGUUUGUUUUGCCGGCGUUUUGGUUGCGCUGAUUGCGCUGGUGAAUGCUGAUGUGUCGCACCUCGUUCUGGAGAACCCGGUGACCGAGGUGUGCCUGCGCUGCAUCUGUGACGCGUCCAGCGGAUGUGACCCGACGGUGCGCUGUACUGGCGAGUCGUGCGGAAUGUUCCGAAUCACGUGGGCGUAUUGGGCCGACGCGGGCAAACCAGUUCUGCCGGGUGAUGUUCCCGAGUCCCAGGGCGCAUACGCAAACUGCGCCAACGAUCCUCAAUGUGCUGCCUCGACCGUGCAAGGAUACAUGAGGAAGUUUGGUCAGGAUUGCAACGGAGAUGGCAUUAUCGAUUGUUUGGAUCACGCCGCUAUCCAUAAGCUGGGAGGCUAUGGGUGCAAAAAUGCCGUCCCCGUGGCCUAUCAGAGCAAAAUCGAUCAGUGCAUCCAUGAGGCAGCGGGAAUCCAACUGUAAAGGAAGACUGCUGUUAAACAUUCCAUCAUCAUAAGCUGCCCAUCCGUCAUGCAUGUUCUGAUCUGAAUCCUCCUCGGUGAAGUGACCAAGACGUCUAACGGUAAAUGUGUAAUUCAUUUCAAGGUCGUGAAUAAUUUAUUUUUAUUUAAAUAAAAAGCUCCUAUCUAAAUUUUAAAACGAAAA